AUGCAUCCGAUAAUAAAUAAUAGGCAACUGAGCAGCAGUGAAACCAAGGGCCAAACAGAAAAGACCCCCUUAUUUUGCUUCUCGACUCCAGCACUGCACUCUUCUUUCCAAUCUUAUCCCAUCGUUCCAACACUCAAAACUGUCGAGUUUGGAGUUUGCUUUAUCUCAUUUUCCCAUCAAUUCUCUAUGUAUAUACCUACUAGGGUUAGGGUUCUUAUUUCUAGGGUUUCUAAUUUCCAUUUACUGUUUGAGUGAACUACUUACUGUUGUCAAUUUCUACUAUGAUAUUGUUUUUGUUUUUUUAAUUUUGUUUGUUUCCAUGUAAUGUAACGAGAACAAUUUGGGUUAGGGUUAGGAUUUGAUCUUUUUCUUUUCUUUUUUGUGGUUAUGGAAAUGGAAAGUUCUCGUAGAUCCUUUGAUAGAUCGAGAGAGCCGGGCUUCAAGAAACCUCGAUUGGCCGAAGAAGCCGAGCGCGGUCCGAACCCUAACGGCCGGCCGUUUCCUCAACGACCCGGAGCGGCUCCGGCGGCGUCGAGGCUUAAAACUAAUGAAAGAGAUGUAGACAGGGAUGAUUUGGGUCGCGGACUUUAUCAGCAGCAGCAUCAAGAGCUUGUGACUCAGUACAAGACUGCACUCGCGGAGCUGACAUUCAAUUCAAAACCGAUCAUUACCAAUUUGACGAUAAUUGCAGGGGAGAACCUACAUGCUGCCAAGGCCAUAGCUGCAACUGUCUGCACUAACAUUCUCGAGGUUCCUAGUGAGCAAAAGCUGCCAUCUCUCUAUCUUUUAGAUAGCAUUGUGAAGAAUAUUGGAAGAGAUUAUAUCAAAUAUUUUGCUGCCAGACUGCCUGAGGUAUUCUGCAAGGCAUAUAGACAAGUUGAUCCUUCUAUACAUCCUGGUAUGCGGCAUCUUUUUGGAACGUGGAAAGGAGUGUUCCCUCUUGCACCACUUCAGAUGAUCGAGAAAGAACUUGGCUUCCCUCCAGCCAUCAAUGGGUCAUCUCCAGGAAUUGCAACAUCUAGGUCUGAUUCUCAGUCACAACGGCCACCACACAGUAUUCAUGUAAAUCCAAAGUAUUUAGAGGCACGGCAACGUCUUCAGCAGUCGAGCAGGACAAAAGGAGCAGCCAAUGAUGUUACUGGGACCAUGGUCAACUCCACUGAGGAUGCGGAUAGGUUAGACAGAACAGCCGGUAUCAAUGCUGGAAGGCCAUGGGAUGAUCUUCCGGCUAAGAGCAUCCAGCAUUCUCACAGAGAAGCAAUAGGUGAGCUGGUCGAGAAGAAAAUUGGUGCACCAUAUGGAGAUUAUGAAUAUGGUACUGAUCUUUCAAGGAAUCCUGGCUUGGGAAUUGGUAGACCCAGCGAGCAAGGACAUGACAAACCUUGGUAUAAAGCUGGUGGUAGGGUUGUGGAGACAUUUUCCAGCCAAAGAAAUGGUUUUGAUAUCAAGCAUGGAUUUCCAAAUUACCCAGCACCCAGAUCUGCAAAUGCUGAUGCACAUCUACAGCCUACACAGAGUACUGUAAAUAGAAGCAAUUCUGGGAUGUCUAGGAGCUGGAAGAACUCUGAGGAAGAGGAAUACAUGUGGGACGACAUGAACUCUAAAAUGACAGAGCAUAGUGCAGCCAAUCACUCAAAGAAAGAUCGUUGGACUCCUGAUGAUUCCGAGAAAUUGGAUUUUGAAAACCAGCUUCAGAAACCACAAAGCAUAUAUGAUGUUGGGUCAAGUGUUGACAGAGAAACUUCCACUGAUUCAAUGUCCUCAGAACAGAGAGAACAGGGAGCUUUUGGGCACAGGAUGUCAUCACUGUGGCCAUUACAGGAGCCACAUUCUACAGAUGGACUGAAACAUUCAGGCACCAGUACACUUAUUUUAGGUCAUUCAGAAGGCUACCCUACUGUCAGUGGGUUGUCAACAAGUGCAAGUUCUUCUCUGGCGAGGACAGGCCUUAGACCACUGAUGGGGUCAUCUCAUGCUGGAGCAUCAGGUUUUGGGUUUUUGACAAAUGCUAGUUCAGGGUCUACUACUGGCACUGUUGGACAACAACGGCUUCAGUCUGUAGGAGCUGCAUCACCAUCUGGACAGUCACCAAUGCACCAGCCAGACCAUCUACCAGUUCAUUCUUUGCCGCUCCCUGAUAUAAAAGCCUCUCAAUUUUCAGGACAGUUCAACAUAGGGUCUCAUAAGCAAUUUACUCUUGACGCUUUGCCUAAACUAAUUCAGAAGGCGCAGCUAGGUGACUUGCAAAAAUUGCUUCCCCAUAAUUUGCAGAGUUUAUCUCCUGCAGUGCCAUCUGUUCCAAUAAGGCACCAUGCUCCCUUUUCACCACAGCUACAGCCAGACCCCUUGCAGCCUGAACCUUCUGGUCAAGCGCAGAAAACAUCACUACCUCAAACCUCAAUCUUUGAAGCUCCCUCAACAAUAGAGAAUCCUGUGUUAGAGCAUUCAAAUUAUCCUGCUGCAGAAAGUACAGGAAAGUUGAGCACAAGUAAUUUGUUGGCCGCAGUUAUGAAGAGUGGGAUACUAUCUAACAGUUCUGUUUCUGGUAGCAUUCCUAAAACGAGUUUUCAGGAUACAGGGGCAGUGCUACAGUCUGUUAUUCAGCCUCCUUUACCGAGCGGACCUCCUCCUGCCCAGUUCACAUCCUCAGGACCUAGGGUUGCAACAGCAUCUCUAUCAGGUCCCUCCCAUGAUAGCAAAUCCGCCUCAAAUCUUUCUCAGAGAAAGGUAGAGCGGCCGCCAUUGCCACCUGGUCCCCCACCGCCUUCUUCUCUUGCAGGCAGUGGAUUACCACAAUCUUCAAAUGUUACGAGUAAUGCAUCAAACCCCAUUGCUAAUCUCUUAAGCUCCUUAGUUGCUAAGGGCUUGAUAUCUGCAUCAAAAACAGAGUCAUCAACUCAUGUGCCAACUCAGAUGCCUGCUCGGCUUCAGAACCAGAGUGCAGGCAUUUCUACCAUUAGUCCCAUACCAGUUUCCUCAGUUUCAGUUGCAUCUUCUGUUCCUCUUUCAUCUACUAUGGAUGCGGUUUCUCACACUGAGCCUGCUGCUAAAGCCUCUGUUGCUGUAACACAAUCCACCUCAGUGGAGGUAAAAAACCUCAUAGGAUUUGAGUUUAAGUCAGAUAUAAUUCGGGAGUCACAUCCAUCAGUUAUAAGUGAACUCUUUGAUGACCUUCCACAUCAGUGCAGCAUAUGUGGCCUUCGGCUUAAACUUAGAGAACGACUUGAUAGACAUUUGGAGUGGCAUGCUUUGAAAAAGUCUGAGCCAAAUGGUCUAAAUAGAGCAUCAAGGAGUUGGUUUGUAAACUCAGGUGAAUGGAUAGCCGAAGUUGCAGGAUUUCCAACUGAAGCUAAGUCCACUAGUCCGGCAGGAGAGUCUGGGAAACCUUUGGAGACGAGUGAGCAGAUGGUUCCUGCAGAUGAAAAUCAGUGUGUAUGUGUUUUGUGUGGUGAAGUGUUUGAAGAUUUUUAUAGUCAAGAAAUGGAUAAAUGGAUGUUCAGAGGAGCUGUGAAGAUGACUGUUCCGUCCCAAGGUGGUGAGCUAGGAACUAAAAAUCAGGGUCCUAUCGUGCAUGCUGAUUGUAUAACAGAAAGUUCUGUUCAUGAUUUGGGACUGGCUUGUGAUAUUAAAGUGGUAAGACUCUUUCUUUAAACAGGAUACACUGAAAAGAUGUCUGCAAGUCUGACCUUUAAGAUUUCUUACAUGUGCAACUAAUUGGGGGCUUUUUGAUAUGCCUAACCUGAUGACACUCUUGACAUUUGCCUUCUGGAUGAGACCUGUACAAAUGGUGUGUCUCCAUCCUCAUUCCUUAUCUUUGCAAUGCUUGAAGUGUGGGGUGGGGAUUUUGUCCGGUAUUCUAUCAUAUAGCUUUAGUGCUAGCUAAACUGGGCCAUUUUA